GGAUUUAGGCACCUAAGUCCCAGUUUUGGCUGCACUAUGAGCCACAAAACUCUUGCCAAAACCUGUGAAAGCCUGGCUUAACAUGAGUCAUUAAACACGGGGGAGGCCUCAUUUCUUGGAAGACAGGAUUAGGAAGGUAACUAGAUCAGCAGGCUGAAAACAAAACAUUUGUGCUAAGAUAAGUAAAUAGUCACUGAGCUAAAAGACAGAAUGUCUGAGCUAGCUUAAAAUAAGAGGGGGAAUACCCAGAGAAUCAUUUACUAAAAACAAGCUAACAAUGGAUAAGAGAAGACUGGAACACAAGAUGCGGUGAAGAGUAAGUUGGGCAUGGACAGAACAUGCUGUAGAAGAGGGAUUGGUUCCUACAAAAUGACCAAGCCAACCCCAAAAAUGUGAUGCACUGUAUUGUGUGAAUGUAUAUAAAGGAAGCGGUUUGCUGUGUAACUUUGAAUAUGUGGUAUGCCCAUACCCACCUCCUACGUUUGAGCUUGAUUAACUCCACAUAGCUUUGCUGUAUGCCAAAUAAAAGCACCUGAGUAUUGAGACUGAAGUCAAACAGAGUUCUCUGGGAACCAAGUGGAAAUAGGUCUCAGGGGAACCUCAACAAUCUGUAGGUGCUUAAGUUCACGCAGCACCUAAGCUUUCCGAGUAAAAGUUCCCAAGCCGCCUAAGUUUCUGCUUCAGUGUAAGCAUCAGGACAUUAUUUCCCACCUAACCCCCAGAAUGAUCCACACACUAGGUGAAAAACAGGAAUUCAGCCAUAUAAAUCACGUUCAGGGCUCAAACUGGUAGGCAUGCUCAGAAACCACCUACCAGAUCAGGUCCCAUUCAGAAGGAGCCAGACACCUUAUACGUUUUAAAUAAAUGGUUAGCACAAUUGCAUGGGAGUGAUGUGGGCGAACCAGGUUUAAUCCCCCUCUCUGCCAAAAAUAGACAAAGGAUUUGAAUAGGGGUCUCCCACCUCUCAGGAGAGUUCUCUAACCAAUGAGCUAUAGCAUAGUCUGACAUAGGGCUCCCUCAGUCUCUCCUGUUGAAGCUGUUCCCCUGUGGCUAAAUAAUAAAGAGUAGUUGGAGCAUGGGACUGGACUCAAGGUCUCCCACCUUCUAGACAAACCCUUAGCCACAACACUGAAGAUGAGACAGGGCUGCUUUAAGAGAGCGUUGAAACGGUCAUCUGAAACUUGCUAAACAUUACGCUUUAGGGAUUUGCAGCAUGUCGCAAGUUCCACACUGCAGGAUCCAACCUAUACCAGUUCACCACGUAACCACCCAGCUUCGAGACUGUGCCAGCUGUUCCUAACCAAGCAGUAGGUCUUUUUUGCUCAAGUUUCAGCCAGGACCUUUACACUGGAUUUUGAAAUUGGCUGUAGAAGCCGCCUACUAGAUUAGUACAAAGAGCAGAAAAUAAUCCCAAAAGCGAACAGAGCUGCUUCAUAGACUCUGCAUUCUGCAUAAACUUCAGGGGCCCUUAUUUUUACAUAAAGAGGCUCUUCUCAGGGCAGGUCCUACUUAGAAGUGGGAAUGGCAAAGGCAGUGGUCCUGUUUCUCCGUAUUUGCGUGCAGCUGCUUGCCCUGCCUAUAUACUUGCUAUCGUUCCUGGGCAUAUGGGACCCAUUCUGUAAGAAGAUAUUCUUUCCCUUCGUAAUGGAGAAGUUAACUGUGAGUUACAACCGGAGGGCGUCAGGGCACAAACAAGAGCUGUUCUGCAACCUGCAGGAGUUUGCAGGCUCCUCGGGGGAACUGACUUUGCUGGAAAUUGGGACUGGCACUGGCGCUAACUUCCAAUUCUACCCACCUGGCUGCAAAAUUACCUGCACUGACACAACACUCAACUUCCAGGAUGGCCUCGCCAAGAGCAUGGCACAGAACCAGCACCUCCAGUUUCAGUCCUUCCUGGUGACCCCAGGGGAGGACUUGAACCAAGUGGCUGACAGCUCUAUGGAUGCAGUGGUUUGCACCUUGGUUCUGUGCUCAGUGCAAAGCAUAGAGGGUGUCUUGAAAGAAGUUUUGAGAGUACUCAGAACUGGUGGGGCAUUUUAUUUCUUAGAACAUGUAGCUGCAGAUCCUUCAAGCUGGAGCUAUUUUUGGCAGCAAGUCUGCUAUCCAACCUGGAAACUUGUGUUUGAUGGAUGUCACCUCACAAGAGAGACCUGGAAAAACCUUGAACAGGCCAAGUUUUCAGAAAUAAAGUUACGGCACAUACAAGUCCCAUUAUACUGGACUCCAGUUCAGUCUCAUAUCAUCGGAUAUGCUAUAAAAUAAUUUUCACUGUGCUGCGAUGUAUGCACUUUUUAAUGGUUUGCUUCUGUACAAAUCAUCUACAGUAACUCCUCACUUAAUGCUGUGUUGUUCAUUGCUGAUCAAUUAGAGAACAUGCUCAUUUAAAGUUGCACAAUGCGCCCUUAUAAGUUGUUUGGCAGUCACCUGCUUUGUUCACUGCUUGCAGAAAAGGCAGCCUGUUGGAGCUACCUGGUGGGGGCUUGAAACCAGGGUGGACCUAAAGCUCCCCAUCAGCUUCCCUAAGUACCCUGUGCAGCAGUUGCCCAGCAGGCUAUCAAUUGCCAGGCAGUUCAGCUGUCCCUCCCCACACUGCCCUGUGCUGCUCCUGCUCCUCUGCCUUGGAGCUCCUCCCAGAAGCCUCCUGCUUGCUGGGCGAGGGGAGGAGGGGAGAAAGGAAGAGGGGUACUAAUGUCAGGGUGUUCCCCUCUCCCCACUCCUGUACCCUAUCUCCACAGAGCAAGGGUGGGGACACCACAGGACUCUGGAUGGAGGGAGCUUGCUGGCAGCAGCAACUGCUGUCUCAACUUGCAGAUCUACUUAAAAAAACAGUGUAUUUAGAAGGAGAUCAGCAUACUUACAGGGGCAAUGCAAAUCUCUCUCUCUCUCUCUCUCACACACACACACAC